AGAAAACCUAAUUUUCCACUGUCUUCUCCUUUCCAAUCACCAUUGAUUGAUUGAUUCUCAUUCCUUUACGCUCACCCAGGAACAGAGAGUCCUGCAUCCAAAACUCUCGUUCCUCCCUUCCAUAACCAUCCCAAACCAUACCUACGCGUUUCCAUGGCUCUGAUCCUGCACGCCGCCUCGGCCAGCAAAAAUGUUUUCAAGACUCUGAUUGCUGCUGAGUAUGUCGGUGUUAAAGUUGAAUUGGCACCAGGUUUUCAGAUGGGUGUCUCUAAUAAAACCCCUGAAUUUCUCAAGUUGAACCCUAUUGGAAAGGUUCCGGUCUUGGAAACCCCCGAAGGUGCCGUCUUCGAGAGCAAUGCAAUUGCUCGUUAUGUUGCUCGAUUGGGUGAAAACAAUUUGUUUGGAUCUUCUCCCAUUGAUCAGGCUCAUGUUGACCAGUGGAUUGAUUUUUCUUCGUUGGAGAUUGAUGCCAAUCUUUCAAAGUUGUUCAUUCCUAGACUUGGAAAAGCCCCAUACAUUCCUCUUGUGGAGGAGUCUGCAUUUUCAUCAUUGAAGAGAGCAUUUGAGGCUCUUAACACUCACCUUGCCCACAAUACCUACCUGGUUGGGGAUUCUGUUACCCUUGCUGAUAUUAUAACAACAUCCAACUUGUGGCUUGGUUUCUCCAAACUCUUGGUCAAGAGCUUCACCUCAGAGUUUCCUCAUGUUGAGAGAUACUUUUGGACCUUGGUCAACCAGCCUAACUUCCGAAAGAUAAUAGGCCAGGUUAAGCAGACUGAAGCUUUGCCACCUAUUCCAUCUGCUCAGAAGCCUAAGGAAUCUAAGCCCAAAACUAAAGAUGAACCCAAGAAAGUGGCUAAAUCAGAGCCCGCAAAGCCCAAAGUAGAAGAAGCUGAAGAGGAGGCACCCAAGCCCAAAGCCAAGAAUCCUCUUGAUCUUCUUCCUCCAAGCAAGAUGAUAUUGGAUGAGUGGAAAAGACUUUACUCUAACACGAAGAGCAACUUCCGUGAGGUCGCAAUCAAAGGAUUCUGGGACAUGUAUGAUCCAGAAGGAUAUUCUCUCUGGUUCUGUGAUUACAAAUACCAAGAUGAGAACACUGUUUCCUUCGUGACACUGAACAAGGUUGGUGGAUUUCUUCAGAGGAUGGAUCUGGCUCGCAAGUAUGCAUUUGGAAAGAUGCUUGUGAUUGGAUCAGCGGCUCCAUUUAAGGUGAAGGGAUUGUGGCUUUUCCGUGGACAGGAGAUUCCACAAUUUGUCAUUGAUGAAUGCUAUGACAUGGAGCUCUACGAGUGGACCAAGGUUGACAUCUCCGACGAAGCUCAGAAAGAGCGUGUUAGUCAGAUGAUUGAAGAUUUUGAACCAUUUGAGGGAGAGGCUCUUUUGGAUGCCAAGUGCUUUAAGUGAAAACGAGUUCUCAGUUCCCAUUGAAAGGGUAUGGUUUUGUGGGGUUUUUUUUGGUAGAGUUUUGUUUCUUUCCUAUUUUCUGUUAUAGUGAAUGAAUUUUAAGAUGUUUUGUGAUUUUAUAACUUAAAUGUUUGAUUGUGGUAGCUUAAUUUUGAUGGUAACAAGACCGGUAUUACAAGAUCUAUUUUUUCACUGAUGUAAGCCAAGCAUGUAUGAAAUUCGCUGGAUUGAUACCA